GAAAUGAGAGCGCAGCUUUGCGGGAGAGCGAGAGAGGGACUCGAGAGUUAGCACCGACCGAGUGGAUGAGCGAUGAGCGAGCGUUCGCGCUACACCAAGCUGCGAGCCGAGAGCUCUCUUGGGAAAGUGGGGGGAGGCGGGGGUGAGGUGGAGAGGAGAGAGGGCGCGAGGUGAAGAAGAGAAGGUUUUGAGUGGGGGGGUCGGGGUGAGAGAGAGAGAGAGAGAGGCUAUGGCGUCAGGGCAGGAAGGUCGAGCAGUGGGCCCGGCAUGUUUCCAAUGGCCGCUCUCUUAUAUUGGAAGCCCACCGUUUUGCCGUAUAUUGCCCCGCCUCGCUGCUCCCGCGUAUGCUUUUCUCCCUCGCGUUUUGCGGUUGCGUGCUGCUAUGGAAGUGGAGUAAUUUGCUGUUGCCCCGACCCCACCGGGGCUCGAGUGAGGUAGGCGACCGCCUUCGCUUCACUGCCUGCGUGAGGCUCACGACACGAGACUCUCUCCUCAACCCUUUCCCUCUGCCACCUCGUCCUUCCUCUCGUUCACUCCUCAUGCUCUGGUUCCUGAAGCAUUUACCGUUCAGCCUCCGAUCUUUUGAUUUCUCGGCAAAACCGUCGCCAGCGACACUGACUCGGGCCUUACGGAAGAUGAAGAAGGGCCAUGGUUGUGGCGGGGUAACAGAUGAUGCUUGAGCUGCGGCAUCAGGUCAAGUCUCUGGAAGCGCAAGGAGCCCGCGAGGGCAAGCUGGCGGAUUAUGUGCGUAGUAUGAUCUCGCACAGCAAGCAGCAGUGGCAAUCUGAGUGGGGUGGUGGAUGAGUAGGUGAGUUAAUCGCACACCAUCAUAUCAUCGUCUUCGACUGACAUUACUUAGCGUUCAUUACUCUACUCUACUCUUGGUCGAUUGUGUCACCAUGGAGCGCACUGGAGUUGCUCUGGGUACACAGGAAGGGGGGUGAGGGAGGGAGUGGAAUGGGAAGAAGCAGGGGGGUGACGGGCAGCGUGCAAUGAAACACUGGAUAGCUGAUGGGUGUGUGUGCCCCCUUGCCUGGCUGCCUGCGCAUGCCCGCGCCCUUCCUGUCUUCUUCUCUUCUUCUUCUCUUGCACUCAAAGCCAGGACUGAUUUCGGCAAGUAUCACUUCCCCAUCUACGAUAUGUGUUGUUGUCGUCAUCGUCGUUUUCUCGUCACAGCACGAUCAUUCCCAUCAGCAGCAGCAGCAGCAUCGACGUACCCUCAGCGAGAAGGUAGUAGGUUUUAGUCAUCUGACUGUUUUUUCCGUAAGGUUAUGUCGAUCCACUUUAGUCUUAGACCGAGCGAAGUCAUUGAGCUCAAGCAAGCAGCAGCGGCUUACAAUAGAUAGGUCCAGUAGGUACAUGGAUUCAGGAGGGCAUGGCCACUCAAAAUCCGACUCGCAGCGGGACUCGGGGGGUGGCGCAGGAGGUAGUUCCGACACAAGUCCUCAUGGCAUGCCAUCGCAAUUGGUCUCUUACCAGCAACAGCAAGCCGAAGCGCGGGGUUUAGUUGGCUACGGUCCUUCUCGUGGCGUUUUAGAUCAACAGCAGCAACAGGGUUCUCAUCUCAAUGCAGGGGCGAUUGCACAAGCCAUGGCAGCCAUGGGGGGUGCAGGAAUAGGAGGAGCCGGUCACGGGCCCUCCCAGGUUGAUCCGUCUCUAGGGAUGGGGGGAAUGGGACAAGAAUACGGAGAGCAACAAAUGACCGGCUUGCAAAUGCAACGCGGUGGUGGUAGCGGUGGUGGAGGUGGGGGCGCCAGUGGCAGUGGAAGCCAGCAACAACAGCAGCAGCAACAACAGCAGCAACAGCAGCAGCAGCAGGAGGCACAGCAGGGAAGUAUGGUUCCCAGUGGAGGCGGCCAAGAAAUACAGCAGCCCCCGAAGAAGGCCCCUCCCAAACGAUCGUCUACGAAAGACAGGCACACGAAGGUCGAUGGAAGGGGCAGGAGGAUUCGAAUGCCUGCCUCGUGCGCCGCCCGGAUUUUCCAGCUGACUCGGGAAUUGGCUCACAAGUCGGACGGAGAGACCAUAGAAUGGUUGCUGCAGCAGGCAGAACCUGCCAUAAUAGCAGCGACCGGAACCGGGACGGUGCCGGCGCUCGCGUCGUCGCUCCAAGGGGCGCUGCGAAGCUCAUCGGGCAUGGCGGCAGCAGCUGCCGGGGGGCGGCCGGGGACUCUGCACGGGUCCAUGGGUUUAGCCGGGUUAGGGCCGUCGCAGGCAGAUCUGGACAGCCAGCGGAUGCAGGAGCAGCAGGUGCGCGUUGCUCAGAGCCAACGAGAGUGGGAUGCAGGAGCGGAGGAGAGAGUGAUGCAACAAAAUCGGGCGGCCAUGGAAGAGAAUCGCCGGCUGAGUAUGGGCCACGGCGGGCAUGGAGGCCACGGCGAAAUGUCGCACGACGUGAUGGCGGGGUUCCAGCACGAGGGCCUCGUCGGGGAGGAGGGGAUGGGCGUAGGAGACUCGGCCGAUAGCAAGGGCGGAAUCAGGAAGCGCGCGCGCCCGGGCUCCAGCGGCGGGCCUCUGGCCAGGUUUAAGGAGGAUCCGGAGCCCGUGAGGCCGGUGCGCGCCACGGCGUCGCGGCAGGGCGGAAUGCAGCAGGGCCCCGGCGGCUCCAAUUUGAUGUCCACAAUGUGGGCGGUGGGACCUGCCGUCGCGGGCGUGUCGAGCAGCGGCGGCAUGCCAGGCACGAUUUGGAUGCUCCCGGUCAGUGGUUCUUCCACGCCCGGAGUGAUGGCAGGCCCCGGGAACGAGCAGAUUUGGACCUUCCCGUCGGCAGGCCAGGCCGGCACAAUGUACAGAAUGGCGGCCCCGCCGACGUCCAUUCAGCUCGGGCCGUCGGGCGGGGGCGGGAACCAGCCCUCGUCGAGCAACCCGAUGAUGCCCGUGCUGUCGAGCGGGGGCGUGGCGCUCAUGCCGCGCAUCAAUCUGUCGGGCGGCAUGGGGCUGGAGCUGCAGGGCGGGCACCUGGGCGGGCACAUGCCGCUGGGCUCGAUGCUGCUGCAGCCGGGGGCGCAAAAUUUGCCCGGCACGGGCCUGGGGCUGGGCGGCGAAGGCAGCCACUUGGGCAUGCUGGCGGCCCUGAACGCGUACAGCCAACGCAACGUGAAUCCGGAGCAGCAGCACCACUCGAUGGGAGGGUCCGGGCACCAGCAAGGCGACAGUGGCGACGAUCCCACUAGCUCGCAGUAAGCUCGCGUUGCAUGUCGAGAAGAGGCCAUAGAUCUCGGUUGGUUGAUUUGAUUGGUUAAAUGAUAAGCGUGGAUAUUAUGAGUGCUAAGCUGCCAAGCCAAGCCAACACGAGCUGGCACAUCCCAGCGCACCGCGGGUCGACGAAUUUUUCUCUACACCCUGAUCUCGGACCAACAUCAUGAUCCGGAGGCUUUGUGGUCGACCGGGAGUGUUCUGCCUCCCACUUCAUAUGCCAUGCCAGGUUGCGGUGAUGGAGACGGCGGCUCUUCGCGCACAUUGACUUUCUCAAUAUAAGCGAGAAAUUGUAUCUAACACUACCUAGGCAAACAUGUUUGCCACUACACCCAAAAUAUUGACACUUUUUACACAAGCUCCCACCGACAGUCUUCCACUGCGGCGCAUCCAGUCUAAAAUGCACUUCGAGAUCCAGUGUGCUGGAGCAAACAAGCUGAAGAAGCUUUUCGGGAUUUCAUGUGGGCAGAAGUCUGGCUUCCAUCCACCCAUUUCAUGAGAGAUUCAGAGAUCAAGGAGAGUGCAAUAGAGAAGUAGAGAGGACGAGAGGCACGGCGGGCAAAUGUCUCCCCCACAUCAUACACACGACCAUUCUUUGGAUAGCCUUCAAGACGUGGAAUAAGCGGCUGCAUUGUCCUCUUCUGAGAGUUUACUCCUUUCCAAUGUGAUUACGGCAGGUGCGCACAGCCCUCUUUUGGGUUUCCGCCAGAGGCCUUGUUUUUUUAGCCCUGUGAUUCUUCCUUGUAUUGUAGGUGCUUCAAUUCUUGUGCUAGCUUGCAGCUUUCGCCUCCUCCUCGCCUCCCUCCCCUUCCCACCACCACUCUUUCCCCGUCGCGCUUCACUUCACUCCUACAUCUCAUCUACUUGGCCAAGCUUCUUUAAAUUAAUUAAAUUCAUUGGCCCAAAGGGUCGAAAGGUUACUCAACUAUAGGAAAUGUGCUAUCGUAGAAGUCAUUCAUUUAUUGGCUCAGGUGAGGCCAACCCUUGCAGUCAUUGUCUUAAUAACAUUUGACCUUCUGGCUUUUCACCGCACAGUCAGUCAUAUGGCCACCUUGUGAUCAGCAAAUCACUAUCUAUCUGUUACACACAUGCGCGCACUCUCUCUUCUCUCCUCAUCUUUCUUUUCUGUCUAUCUCUCUCUGACCCUCUCCAUCUCUGGCUGGCUACUAGCUGCUUGAUGCAUUUCGAAAUUCGAAUGAUUGGUUUCCCUCUCGUCCAGGGUCUCCGGAUUACCUCCCAGUGACUAGUCAGAAAAGGAAGACGUGUGUAGCAGAUUUUAGAUUUCGCUACCCUAGAGUGCUUUGCUGCUGGUUACAACAGCCAAUGGGAAACAUUUUGGCUUAUCGAAGCGAGGAGCCAGCCAGGAGAGGUGUGAAUUAUUGUUUUGGAAAUCGUGUGUGCUUUUGACCAGGUUACUAUUUGGGCCUGCUUC